CACACACACACACACACACACACACACACAGAACCUUGCAGUACCCUCGCGCUCUCCUCUUGAAUUCAGAAGCUAGAUUCGGACCAGUCAUCUGCUUUCGAGUGCUGAUUCAGAUGACAGGGUCCUUUAAGAUGGCCUCAGGGCUUUUUCUGAGCGCAAUGAUGCUUUUGAGCAUCGCACCGAUUAGUGUCUCUGCAGCAGAGGCUUUCGCGGCCAGAACUUGGACAGACUCACAUGCAACAUGGUAUGGAGGGAAGGAUGGUGCGGGCACCAUGGGAGGAGCAUGCGGCUACGGAAACAUGAACGCUAGAGGCUAUGGGAUGAAGACUGCUGCACUGAGCACAAAAUUGUUCAACGAUGGAUUCACCUGCGGAGCAUGUUUUGAAAUCAGGUGUAAGUCAAGUCAGUCGAAGUACUGCUACUCCAGUACAGCAUCUGUCAUCGUAACCGCCACCAACUACUGCCCUGCCAAUCCCAACAGACCCACCGAUGGUUGGUGCAAUGGUGACAGGACUCACUUCGACCUGACAUACCAGAUGUUUACAACCCUGGCCAUUUAUGAAGCUGGAAUCAUCCCUGUCCAGUACCGAAGGGUCCCAUGUGCCAAGAAAGGUGGGAUUCGUUUUACGAUAAACGGGAAUCCUAAUUUCAACCUUAUUCUUCUGAGCAACGUCGGAGGAUCUGGGAACGUGGUAUCCGUUCAAAUGAAGGGUGAGAACUCUUACUCCGGGUGGGUUCCCAUGAAGCAGAAUUGGGGCCAGAUGUGGGAGUGUGGCACAAAAGUGACCGGACAGAGUAUAUCCUUCAAGGUCACCGUGGGUUAUGGACAGACAUUUACUUUCUGGACUGUUGCUCCGAAAACAUGGCAAUUCGGUCAAACAUACGAGGCCAGCAGCAACGUCAAUGACUCGUGGGACAACAACGACGACGGGAGCAAUUCCAAGUUCAAUGGAAACAACGGAUACAAUGGAGGAAACCAAUGGUGGAGAGGCUGGAGAAAUUAGAAUCGACAUAAGUGGAGAGCUCUAACCAAAGGAAUGAGAACACCAAUCAUAGAGUCAAUCUGUGAGUGUGGUUUUGGAAUUAUGUUUUUGCUCACAAGCGAAGGUGUGCGAACUGCACGUGGCUGAACACUUUCUGAAUCCUUUUCUGAAUCCCUGAGUGCUGCCUACGCCGAUUGAAAUGUCAUCUUUGGCAUACUCGUGAUUACGAGGCAAUCCAUGGCACGAACAUCUUGGAGCGACCAGGUCUAGAAUAGUGGUCUACUUCAAAGCUCCUAUAGUGAAUGUCCAGCAGAUUGGUUGAACUUCAGAGGGGACACAACAACAGUGAAUUCAGCUGAUUCAACACGUUGACACUGAGCUUAUCAGAAGUUACUUCACAAACAUUUAUGAAAUUAGAUAUUAGGAGUUCAUUUGUAGACAGAUAUAUUAAAUUCCCCUCGAAAAGAGGCAGAAGGUGGAAACUUGAACCCACCAGCUUAAAUACAGUUCGGAUAUUCGUCCAGUUAUCACCAGAUGAAUGAUAGCAGCCAGGGUCCAUGGCAGGCCUACCAGACAGGCUAUAGAAUCUGAUGCUGGUAAGACAGAGGGAGGCACACUUUCUUCACAUGAAGGUGGUUACAGUAGAAGUCCCAGAAUUUGUGUUGGAGGUCUAGAGAGAUUGAUAAAGGUCAUGAGGAGUAUGUUGUAUGUAGAGGUGUCAUGAGCUGGAACUUCAACUGGACGAGACUUACAGCUUCUGGGUAUGUGAGCUGGUCCGGAACAGUCUGCGCAUGAUACAUGUCAUUUGCGCACGACUGUCAGGUGAAUUCGCGCCACCUUCAUCGCUGGAGCUGGCGGUAUCAUGCUUAGUUAGUGAAUGAAUACACAUGUACAAUGACUCCGGUGGCGAAGGACGUUUCUUGGCCUUUGCUGCCUGACCAUCCCAAAUCUAUCUCUGACUCAUUCAUGUCAUUGUGUUCUGAUCCUUGAGCACUUCCCCAAUCCGCAUUUGUUUUCAUGCAUGAUAGAGCAUUCUUGGCGGCUGUAUCCAGUUCAAUCAUUAUAAUCCCGAGCCUCCCUGUGUUCUCCGGUUUUUUAACUAGUUCUAUUUCGU